GAUGUCCUGAUUCAGAUUUCAGAGAACCAGAGGCGACUCACCACUGAACUGGAAGGAGUAGUAGGUUACUUUACACUCCUCAUCAAACAGUAGAACAGUAGCACUGCACUAGUCCUUUUACUGUAUUAGAAUUCAAAAUGAAGAAUUAAGAGUGUAUUGCAAUUUUACCUGGGUUGUAGUUAUACACCUCUCAAAACAACUCACAACUAAGCAACCCACUUAAGAUAUUGUACUGUAUAUUUUACUAGAUGGUGUAACAACACAGUUGAUUCUAUAAUCUGUCAGUUUGAGAUGUGAUUGUUUGGCUAACCAAUGGUGUUUCAACUACUGCGAUCAUAAUAACCAUUCUCUGUGUUGCUCUAGUUCCGCUGGUUCCACACUGAGGUGCUGCAGGAGAUGGACAACAAUGUCAAACUGGAUAAGGACUACAUAGCAGUGAGUAACCACUCUCCUUCACAUAUUCCUUUCACAUACUGUACCCCCUUGUGUUGACAGUACAGAAGUAAUGCAGUAAAGAGCAUGGACUGGCGCACAGACAAAAUCAGAAGGGAGAAGAGAAGUAGUGGGCAGUGCUCCAAGUUUGAUGCUUUGUGUGAGGAUCAAACAGUGUAAUUUACUCCUGGACUAUUCGUGUUUAAUACUGGUCCUUAAUUAUAUUUUUACAUGAAGACUAUGGUGGUGUUACAACGUAUAAACUGAGUGUACAAGACAUUAGGAACACCUUCCUAAUAUUGAGUUGCACCCCCUUUUGCUCUCAGAACAGCCUCAAUUAGUUGGGGCUUUGACUAGAAAGUGUUGAAAGCGUUCCACAGGGAUGCUGACCCAUGUUGACUCCAAUGCUUCCCACAGAAGUCCUUUGGGUGGUGGACCAUUCUUGAUACACACAGGAAACUGUUGAGCGUGAAAAACCCAGCAGCGUUGCAGUUCUUGACACACUCAAACUGGUGCGCCUGGCAAGGGCACUUAAAUCUUUUGUCUUGCCCAUUCACCCUCUGAAUGGCACACACACAAUCAAUGUCUCAAUUGUCUCAAGGUUUAAAAAUCCUUCUUUAACCUGUCUCCUCCCCUUCAUCUACACUGAUUGAAGUGGCUUUAACAGGUGAGAUCAAUAAGGGAUGACAGCUUUCUCCUGGAUUCACCUAGUCAGUCUCCGUCAUGGAAAGAGCACGCUCAGUGUAAAUCUGGCAUUGGUGUAAUGUUUCCUCCAGGGCAGCAGGAGGCGAUAUGAGAUGGAGAUAAGGAACAAGGCCACAUCUUUGGAGAGACAGCCGUGGAGAGGGCCUCACCAGGUCAGUCCACUCUGUGUGUGUGUCAGAUAAAGAGUAUGAGUAAAAUAAAUAAAAAAUAAAGUUUAAGAGUGCACCAGGGAGAACGCCAUUGUCUUACGUUUCUGUAAAUAUGAUGGUUUUGUUAGUUAUAUAUUUACACAGUGUGUGUGUGUGCGCCCACAGGAUGAGUACAUUCAAUUCCUGAGGGAGAGUCAGCGCGAGGCUCUGAUGGAGGAGGAGAGGAGAUACCGUUUCCUGGCUGAGAAACACUGUGGUCUCACUCAGUCCAUUAUUUAUCUCAUGAACAAGGUAGUGUAGCUUAGUUCAUUGUACUACAGUCUCAUUUAGUCAUAGUACAGACAAACACACAAUAAUUUUAGCAGACGCUUUUAUCCAAACCGACUUACAGUCAGGCAUGCAUACAUUUUACGUACGGAUGGUCCCGGCAAUCAAACCCACUAUCCAGUUGCCAUGGUCCUCUGUAGCUCAGCUGGUAGAGCACGGCGCUUGUAACGCCAAGGUAGUGGGUUCGAUCCCCGGGACCACCCAUACACAAAAAAAAUGUGUGCACGCAUGACUGUAAGUCGCUUUGGAUAAAAGCGUCUGCUAAAUGGCAUAUUAUUAUUAUUAUGCUCUACCAACUGAGCUACAGAGGACCACCCUCUCCAAUACUGUCAUAAACCACAUUCAUCAUAGAAGAACCUUGGCUGGUUUCUAAUAUGACAACCUGCUCCUGGCCUUUCCUUGUUACCUCCAGUUUGUGGAUUUGAAGGGAAUUAAUAAGUAGAGGCUCCACCUAGUUUGUUGCUUUCAGUUUUUAUUUUGAGUGAGAGAGAGUCACCAAAGUAAGAGAGAAGAGAGUGAGUUUCCUGACUAGAUUAAAGCCAAUGAAUAAACAAGGUGAAUGAAAGUAAUGUAAUGUGUGUUUGUGUGUGUGUGUUUUCGAUGGGCCAGACAGGGGCAGGGGGAGGCCUACAGCAGAAAGCUGAUGGAUGGAGGGACCAGGUCAACGCCACCAGAGGACUUGGAUCCCGGAAUCCCUCUCGACUGGGCCAGGACAACACGUCCAGAAUGAGGGAGGAGGACAGGGGGAGCCAAUGGUCAGGCAAAGAGGAGCAGCCUCUGGGAAGAGUGCCCUCUAGAGGUGGGGGCAUGAUACUGUAUAUAUACACUACAGUAUACAUACCUAUAGAGUUAGAUAGAUAGCCCAGUUGACUAAUUUGGUGGAAGCCAUCAAUAGCAAUGUCCAUACUAAAACAGGUUAUAUCCAUCUGGAGUCCUAUGUCUAGCUCUAUGACCAUACCAUAAAUAAAUACUAGACCAUGCACAUACCAUACCCAUGGUGUUCAGAUGUCUUUCCUCUCCUAUGACCUGCCCUCCUGGCCCUCUGAUGUUCAUACAUCCUCUCCUUCUCUCUCCUCCCUCCCCUCUCACCCUUCACUCCCCCAUCCCCUGUCCCCCUCCAUCCCCCCUCCAGGCCCCUCACCCCAGAACAUCCGUUCCCGCUCCAGCUCAUUUGGGGAGUCCCUAGGUCUGGGUGGAGGAGGGAGACUUAUGAGAGCUCUGGUGUCCCACCCUGCUAACUCCAACAGCCCCACCCUGCUGCCCUUCUCCCGGGGGGAGGUGGUGAGUGUGCUGGUGCAGGAGCCCCGAAACGGCUGGCUCUACGGCCGGGCAGAGAACAGCUCACGGUGAGGGAGAGGGGGCGGCAGGUAGCUUAGUGGUUAAGAGCGUUGUGCCAGUAACCGAAAGGUGGCUGGUUCUAAUCCCCGAGCCGACUAGGUGAAAAAUCUGUCAAUGUGCCCUUGAGCAAGGCACUUAACCCUAAUUGCUCUGGAUAAGAGUGUCUGCUAAAUGACUAAAAUGAGAGAGAGAGAGAGAUGCUCCUGCCUUCGAGGCAGAGCUGCCCUCACAGAACAACAUUGUAUAAGGAAAACUUCAAGCCAUUCAAGAGAUACUCCACUAGAUAUUGUAGUCUUUGGGAUAUGUAUCAGAACAUUUAAAAUACCAUUUUAAUAUAUAUAUUUUUUGCUGAAUAUGCUAGCAUGGCAUAGCUCUCUUUCUUUCAUAGAAACUCAUCGAAAUGUAUCUCUUCUCUGCUUCCCCCCACAGUCAGGGUUGGUUCCCAGCUGCCUUUGUGGGGCCACUGGAGGAGGCCCCUAGAUCAACUGGCUCCAGGUAAUCCACUAGCUCCACUGUCUCUUAAAGGGACACUUCACCCAAAUUUCCCCUCAAGGGAAAUUAUUAGCGAAUUAUGAAACAUUGCUAGUGAGCUAUGUUAAUCGUGUUUUAUAUUCUAAAAAUAGUUGCUAAUGCUAAUGCUGUUUUGAAUUUUGGUGACCUUUGAUCCUUCAGUAGCUCCACUCUUAGGAGCGCCCACAGUAUGGACAACCUGCUGGACCAAUCAGGAGGCAUGAGCAACGGCAGACCCCCGCCCCCGCCCCCGCCUCCACCCAAUAGACAGACAGAGAUGCGUCCAAUCACACCCAGCAUGGAGAGAAGGGUGGAGUCUCACUCUGACAACAAGGUAGUGCUGCCUGGGUGAAUGAUCACUGAGGAUCGAUGUUGGCCAUGAAGGUCUUAAAGUCUAGUGUUUACAGUGUUUACUCUAUGAUGAGCCUGCUGUUCUACACUAACUUAGUGUUUCUAAAAAAUCAAUGUUGGUUUGUUAUUGUUAACAUGAUACUCUGAGGAAAGUUUCUGAGUGAAAGUCAUUCCUAUUCAGGUUUUUGGUGAGGCAUAACAAGUAAGGAAAAGCUAGUUAUAGUAAAAGCUAGUUAGAAUGGAGUUAAAGCUGAAAAGGUUUAAUGAAAGCUUCAAAUAGAGAAGUUAGUAUUUAAAAUCUGCUGCAUGUUUGUCCUCCAGCCAGCAGGGGCACUGUGGCAAUGUGCUGUUCUCUAUGACGCCACAGCCCUCCUUCUGGUGGAUGCAGGGGGGAAGCUCCAGCUGCUGACAGUGUAGGGGGGUGAGGAGUGUGUGAGUGUGUGUGUGUGUUUCUGUGUGUGUUUGCAUGGUGUUGGAUCUUUGCAUGGUGUGGAUUGCACACCCAUAGAUGCUCUGCCCCCCUCUCUGGGUUUCAGCUCUAUAUGUAAAAAUGUUUGCAUGGGUUGGAAUAGACACCUUUCAAGUUGUAUUCAUUCCUCCCCCUCCAGAGAGGAGAGUGCCAUGGUGGACCUGGGCCAAACCUCUUCCCAAAGUAAGGAACAACCAUUGCAGUCCAAUUUAUGUUUAUUCAUUACUAAGAAGUGAUAUCUAGGGAGAUUGUUCAAGAUGGACGUCUAAAUUUGAUGUUUAUCCAUGUCCCGAGGACGUCGGGAAAUGCCUUCAAAACCGGCCACUAGGGGCAACAGUGAACGCUAUUACCAUCAAGUAGGCUUGGGUUUUGCUAGGGCGUUGUGGACGGCUAUGGUGGCUGGGUGUAAUCCCAUGAUUCUGGAUCAGAAGGUUGUGUGUUCGAUCCCAGUUGUGCACACUGUUUAAAAAAUAAAUAAAUAUAUAUAUAUAUAUAUAUAUAUAUAUAUAUAUAUAUAUAUAUAUAUAUACAUAACCUAUCCCAAACCUUAACCCUUACCUUAACCUCUACGGUAUCGGUGUCCCGUAUACGGGACGGUUCAGCUAACGUACGCUAAUGUGAUUAGCAUGACUGUUGUAAGUAACAGCAAACUUUCCAGGACAUGGACAUGUCUUAUAUGGACAGAAAGCUUAAAUUAUUGUUAAUCUAACUCCACUGUCCAAUCUACAGUAGCUAUUACAGUGAAAAAAUACCAUGCUAUUGUUUGAGGAGAGUGCACAACAACAACAAAAUUAUCACGGCAACUGGUUUGAUACAUUCACCUCUGAAGGUAAAUAAUGUACUUACAUUCAGUAAUCUUGCUCUGAUUUGUCAUCCUAAGGGUCCCAGAGAUAAAAUGUAGCAUAGUUUUGUUUGAUAAAAUCAAAUUUUAUAUUCAAAUAUAGGAACUGGGUUCUACAGUUUGAACCCCUGCUGUCUCUGGCUCCACACCCACCCCGUCCGGCCAUUUAGUUAUGUGAAAUGUAGUGUAUAAGCUAAUGAUCCAUCAUGUAUGACAUUCCUGGGAGUGUGUAAACUUACAUUUUGUAUUACCAUAUCAUUUUUGUAUGUUCUCUAUGUACUUGAAAAUGUAUCAAUUGACCAUUUCGGCACAUUUGGGCAGACUUGCAAUAGUCCAGUAUUGCACAAUGCUUCACUGGAUCAAUCUGAAACUUUGCACACACACUGCUGCCAUCUAUUGGCCAAAAUCUAAAUUGCGCCUAAACUGCAAUAUUAUAUUGGGGCCUUUCUCUUGCAUUUCACGUUUUUUUGUUUGUAUUAUCUUUUACCAGAUCUAAUGUUCUCCUACAUUAAUUUCAAAUUUCCACAAACUUCAAAGUGUUUCCUUUCAAAUGGUAUCAAGAAUAUGCAUAUCCUUGCUUCAGGUCCUGAGCUACAGGUAGUUAGAGUUGGGUAUGUCAUUUUAGGCGAAAAUUGAAAAAAAGGGUCCGAUCCUUAAGAGGUUUUAAAGCGGCAAUCAGCAGUAGAAAUAAUAACAAAGCAGAAUCCCCGCCCCUGGUUUGGUAAAAAGCUGAGGGAUGGGGCUGGAGAAAUGUAGUCACUCUCGAAUUCAUAGACAGACUAUGGAUGCAAAGACUGACCAUCCAUGAUAUAAAAAUUAUAGUUUUAAUCAUGUUAACAUUUUCUUAGUUUACAAAUGUUGAAGCAAAAUAAGCUUAUAUUUUAAGUUCUAUUGGGGUACGACAGUUGAACUAAUCUCAUUAGGAAUUUCUAAGUUAUAUUCUUCAAGAAUCAAUGGGUACAUAUCAUGAAUUUAUAAGUCCAAAAAUGGAUUGAUUGCCCCUUAUGGAAUGAGUGCCUAAACUUAAUGUUUUAACCCUAUCCAAAACCUUAACCCUUACCUUAACCAUUGGAAUGAGUGCCUAAACUUAAUGUUUUAACCCUAUCCAAAACCUUAACCCUUACCUUAACCAUUGGAAUGAGUGCCUAAACGUAAUGUUUUAACCCUAUUCAAAACCUUAACCCUUACCUUAACCAUUGGAAUGAGUGCCUAAACGUAAUGUUUUAACCCUAUCCAAAACCUUAACCCUUACCUUAACCAUUGGAAUGAGUGCCUAACCUUAAUGUUUUAACCCUAUCCAAAACCUUAACCUUACCUUAACCAUUGGAAUGAGUGCCUAAACUUAUCCCUUAACUUCGAAAUUUGACGUUUGGAGAAAUGGAACGAUACAGAGCAGCAGGAGUCAACCCAGGGUGUCAAAAACAUUUGGAGCAAUUUUGAAAUGACACGUUUGGAGAACGUGGAUGAACAUCUAAUUCUGUAGUGUGACUGUGAGAGCUUGUUGGUGAUAUUGUAAUGUGUGUAGACAUUUGAAUGUCUCUCAGCCUAUCACACAAUGUUAUGCAAAUUAGUUGCUCUAUGUGAUGAAGCUGGGGCAUGCUGGGUCAGUUCGUUUUGGAGAGGCGCCGGUGUGCGUUGGGUUAGUGCUGCUUUGCACUGUGUUCAUCCAAAUAAACGACUACUUGAUUAUUUCAUGGGAAAUCAUUGUUUUGGACUGUUAAUGUUAGUUAACAAACUGUGUGAGUUUCGGUGGCCUUACAUAUCUCUGUUCUCUCACUCUGUCUUUGUUGUAUAGGGGCACGAACCCUUUCGCCACUGUCAAGCUGAAGCCCACGUCCACCGAUGACAGAUCUGCUCCACGACUCCGUCGG